CCAAUACCUUGUGGUUCUGUGAUUGGCCAUGUAUGACGCAUUAGCCAAUGUGAGCGCUUUCUGAAGGCGCAACACAUUUUGCCGCUAAAUAUGAACAGUCCCUGUGUGCUUUGACUUUAAACGCUGACUGAAAAGAAGCGCAUCGAUGCCAUGGGGAUUCAGGGGCUGUUGCAGUUCAUUAAGGAUGCGUCAGAACCCAUCAGCGUGAGAAAGUACAAAGGCCAGACUGUGGCCGUGGACACCUACUGCUGGCUGCACAAAGGAGCCUUCUCGUGUGCUGAGAAGCUGGCAAAGGGGGAGCCGACUGACCAAUAUGUGAUGUACUGCAUGAAGUUUGUUGAUAUGCUCUUGACCUUUGGAGUGAAGCCCAUCUUGGUGUUUGACGGCUGCAAUCUGCCCUCGAAGAAGGAAGUGGACACGGCUCGUCGAGAGCGUCGGCAAGCGAACCUGCAGAAGGGCAAACAGCUUCUGAGAGAAGGGAAGAUAUCGGCAGCGCGAGAUUGCUUCACACGCUGCAUCAACGUAACUCCCGCCAUGGCCCGCGAGGUCAUCAAGGCCGCCAGGACCCGGGGGGUGGACUGUGUGGUGGCCCCAUACGAGGCCGAUGCGCAGCUGGCCUUCCUGAACAAGGCUGGUAUAGCUCAGGCCAUCAUCACCGAGGACUCUGACCUGCUGGCAUUCGGCUGCAAAAAGGUGAUCCUGAAGAUGGACAAGCUUGGUAACGGGCUGGAAGUGGACCAGAGCAACCUGGGACGGUGCCGCGCUCUUGGCGACGUCUUCACCGAGGAGAAGUUCCGCUACAUGUGCAUCCUGUCUGGGUGCGACUACCUGGCCUCCCUCUACGGCAUCGGCCUGGGCAAAGCCUGCAAACUGCUGAAGGUCGCCAGCAACCCCGACAUCCUGAAGGUGAUAAGGAAGAUGGGCCAGUACCUGAAGAUGAGCGUGACCGUGUCAGAGGAGUACAUCGAGGGAUUCGUGAAGGCCAACAACACCUUCCUGUACCAGCUGGUCUUCGACCCAAUCAGGAGGAAGGUGGUGCCCCUCAACCCCUACCCGGACGACAUUGACCCCGCCUCCCUCAGCUACGCCGGGCAUAACGUUGGUGAUGUGAAGGGCCUGCAGAUGGCUCUGGGGAACUUGGACUUCAACACUAUGCAGAAGAUCGAUGACUACAACCCAGACACAGCGCAGGCUGCCAGGCCGCGCAGCCGAGGCUGGAACCACAGCAAAGAGAACCGCUGUCCCCCGGAGGCCAGCAUCUGGAGAAAGGGGUACACCCCCGGCGGCCCCCCGCCCUCCCUGCCCCCCGCGCCCCCAGUGCCACGCUCCCCAGAGAGGCCCUCCACCAAGGGGAAGGAGAGGGUAGUCUGUGCCCAGGGUCUGAGACUCCCCCACAGAGAGCUUCCAGUCAAGAGGCCCAGGGAAGACGCGGGAGUGUCAGAAGAGGACAUUCUGGAGCAGUACUCCUCCUCCUCCUCCGGUCUGAAGAAGCAGCGCCGGGAGGAGAGGCUGCCGGCCGCGGGCGUCGCGGUGUCCCCCGCGGAGAGCCCCGCGGUCGCCGCCCGCCAGCCGAGGCCCCGCAACCGCUUCGCCACCCUGCUGCAGAGGAGGAACCAAGACGACGAGGCCGAGGAUGGCCAGGGAACUCACAGCAGGUUCUUCUGCAGCGUGGGCUCCAGCGAGGGGGCCAGCCCAGAGCCCCAGGGGCCCGGUGCUGAAGGUUCGGACGGGCCCCGUCAGCCUGGUGAGAGGCUCCGGGCGGGAGAGGACUGUGAGGCGGAGGAGACCGGGGGCCGCAGAGAGGGCGCCCCCAGCCCCCCGUCCUCUCAGUCCCCGCAGCCCGCCGGCAGAGGCAGGGGGGUCUUCAGCUGGCCCGGCGGCGGCAGCGGCGGCGACACCGCGACCCCCACCCGCGCGUCCGGGCUCUCCACCCUCCAGCGCUUCCAGCGCACGAAGGACACCUUCUCCUGGAGCGCCCCGUGCCCCACGGGACCUCCCCCGUCCGCCUCGCCCCCCUGCCGGGGGGGCGACGGGCGCCAGGACGAGGAGGAGACCCCCCCGGACUCGCCCCCCUCCCAGGACAGUGCAUACUUCUCCCAACCUGGCCGCAGCAGCCCUGGGGAGGAGGAAGCCCCGCCCCCAUCGCAGCACAGAGACUCUGCAGCGGAGCUCAACACAAGUCAGGAGUCAGACUGCAGUGAAAACACCGGCUGUGCACCUGUUUCAGAGAGGAAACCAGCAACUAUUAGAGCAAAGGUGUCGGGGCUGCCGAGGGUCCGGUCAGGUGACCUGGGGAAGCAGGGGAGGGUCCAGGCCCCCGGCCCGGCCCGAGCCAGCGGGCUCCGGAGGAAGCCGGCGGGGCCCGGCAAGAGGGCCGGCGCCAACAACGAGAACGCCCCGGGCCUCCAGGCCACCAUCAGCAGCCUGUGGAAAAACUUCGGCUUCCAGAAAGAGAGACCGAAAAUUACCCUGGGUAUGAAAGGGGAGCCCCUGUCGCCCGUGAAGGACAACGUUACCCCGCUGACGCCCGAAAGCUCUACGGACGUCUACUUCAUCUCCGAGAGCACCACCCAUCAGAAAACCAUUUGCCUCUGACGGGUUUUUAUGAAAUGCCUUUACUGGGAACGCUCUGUGUCAGUCCUCGUCUGGUAGACUUCCUGUGUUAUGUAUAUACUUCCCACGUCACAUGAACUUUGAUCUCACAGCGAGUUAAUUUUAUUUGAAUAAAUGCGGCUGUUUCUACAA